UACUGCGCUUCUAGUCAUUCAUUCUAGACCGAUCUCAAUCACAACAAGAAAACAGACGUGCAGAACAAUGGCUUUGGUUCGUGUGGUUUCCCGGUCUCUGUCGGCUAAUUUGACCAAGAAUCCCUCGUUCAGUGCUCCUCAACUGUUCUACCAUCCGAAUGUGAUUGAUCACUAUGAGAAUCCGAGGAACGUUGGCUCGCUGGACAAGAGCGAUUCUCAAGUGGGCACCGGCUUAGUUGGAGCACCAGCCUGUGGUGAUGUCAUGAAGCUGCAGAUUAGAGUUGACGAAAAUGGCAAAAUCAUUGACGCUAAAUUCAAAACAUUUGGCUGCGGUUCAGCAAUCGCUUCUAGUUCCUUGGCAACAGAGUGGGUGAAAGGGAAAUCGGUCGAAGAGGCUGCCAAAUUGAAGAAUACUGACAUCGCAAGGGAAUUAUGCCUGCCUCCAGUUAAGCUGCAUUGCUCAAUGCUGGCAGAGGAUGCUAUCAAGGCGGCUUUGUCAGAUUACAAGGUUAAACAGAAGAAAGCUUAAAGAUAACUCAAUCUCAUCAUCGACUAAACGAACACGGUCCAUUCAGAAGGGAAUUCUACUGAGCCUGUUUGAAUAAUUGCAAAGUUAACAACCUGCAUUACACUAUUAUCAUCUGCAAGUGAGAAGAACUUUGUAUCCGUUUAUUAUUAAGAGAGACAGAGCUAUAUUUGACUCUGAGAAAUUGUAAAUAUAGUAGAAAUCUCCGCGCGGCAAGCUGCGCAUCUUAAAUGUUAACAAAAAUAAAAUAAUAUCUGUUGAAAACCAUAA